UUCUAGGCGACUUCUGAAAUAUGGCUGACCACAACAGUUCUUCCUGCAGUCCUAUAUUGACACCCCAUUUAACCAGGCUCUACUUCAUAGUGCUCAUUGGAGGACUGGUGGGCAUCAUCUCUAUUUUGUUCCUGCUGGUGAAAAUGAACACGCGGUCGGUGACUACCACAGCAGUCGUUAACCUGGUGGUGGUCCACAGUGUUUUCUUGGUGACAGUGCCUUUUCGCUUGACAUAUCUCAUCAAGCACAUCUGGACAUUUGGGUUGCCCUUCUGCAAAUUUGUGAGCGCCAUGCUACACAUCCACAUGUACCUCACAUUCCUGUUCUAUGUGGUGAUCCUGGUCAUCAGGUACCUCAUCUUCUUCAAGCGCAAGGACAAAGUGGAAUUCUACAGAAAACUGCAUGCUGUGGCGGCCAGUACUGGCAUGUGGCUGCUGGUGAUUGUCAUUGUGGUACCCCUGGUUAUUUCUCAGUAUGGAAAUUAUGAGACGUAUGAUGAGAAACACUGUUUUAAAUUCCACAAAGAACUUGCUCGUGCCCACGUACAAGUUAUCAACUAUAUGAUAGUCACUAUUGUUAUAGCCAUUGCAGUGAUUCUCUUGGUCUUCCAGAUCUUCAUCAUUAUGUCAAUGGUGCGGAAGCUACGCCACUCCUUAUUGUCCCACCAGGAGUUCUGGGCCCAGCUGAAAAACCUUUUUUUUAUAGGAGUCAUCCUUGUUUGCUUCCUUCCCUACCAGUUCUUUAGGAUCUAUUACUUAUAUGUGGUGGCACAGUCAAGUGACUGUAACAACACUGUUGCAUUUUAUAAUGAAAUCUUCUUGAGUGUAACAGCAAUUAGCUGCUUUGAUUUGCUGCUCUUUGUUCUUGGGGGAAGCCAUUGUAAACAAAAGAUAAUUGACCUUUGGAAUUGCUUUUUGUGCCGCUAGCCACAAACCACAGUAUUCAGAAUUCCUUUAUAUUGGGAGUAAAAAUGGGCACAGAGAGGCAGGAAGCGUUAUUUCCUUACUUGAUUAAAACCAUGCCUUGAUGCAGCCAAACAAAAAGACUAUAAAAUGUCAGAGCAUUCAUGCCAGUUCUUAUUUAAUCCCUGCCAUCUCUAAAUGAUGUCUAUAGAAAGACUAGUGAUGUUCAGUCCUCUUGGAGCUGCACUACAGCAUUAUUUUCCAGUAUAAAAUGUCUACUUGGCCCAUGUAGGUACCAUGGGUUUAAUGGUUUCUGAGUUUCACCAGCUUAUUUUGGUUUCAUCAGUUUGAAACAUGGUCUUUUUCAGGCUUUGGACAGAUUUAGCCCUCUAGUUCUUUUCAUUCCACUUAACCUUAGGUAAAUUAAUCCUGGCAAUGAAUCAGCCCCAAAGGCACAAACUCUACUUGGUUAACCAGAUAAGAUGUCCAUUCAAUUCCCACCCUGACAAAUAACAGAUAAGGGUGGAGAGCAGUAAGACAUUUUUCUAGAUUAUCAUAACUUUGGUAGGAAGUCACUUAUCUAGCAAUAAAGAGAAACAGAACUCCUUGCAGCCUUCUGCGGUAACAAGGCUAUCUAGAUUUGUCCUUUAAAAAGUCAAGUUUAAGAACAUGGGAUCAACAUCCUCAAUAAAUCCAAAAAUCAUUUAAAAGUUUACUAAACAUAUAUAAAUGAGGGUGAAACUAUAAGUUAAAUAAUAUUCCUCACCAAUAUGCUGGUAAGCAUUAAAAUGAGUUCCUAAGGAAAUGAUUAAUUUUUUUUCCCUUUAUGUUUUUUGAAAAUAACUCUAGAUGUCUUGAGCCACAGUUAAUUUAGAUUUUCCUUGGAAACAGAAUGUUAUACUUUUUAGAGUUACCUUCUACUCUUAAAGUUACAAGUCUUUAAACAAAAACAAUAUUCUUAAAAAAGACCUUUUGAGAAAUCUAAAUAAAAAUUAAUUUAAGGGGCACCUGGGUGGCUCAGAAGGUUAAGUUGGCCCUUGUCUGACUCUUGACUUUGGCUCGGGUCCUGAUCCCAUGGUUCCUGAGUUCAAGCCAGACUCCACGUUCACAGCAUGGAACUUAUUUGGGAUCCUCUCUCUCUCUCUCUCUCUCUGCCUCUCCCCAGCUCAUGCUCUCUCAAAAUAAAUAAAUAAACUUAAAAAAAAAAAAAAGGAAAAAUUAAUUUAGACUAUGAGAUUAGGCUGCUAAGUUGAUACAUAGGUUU